AACAAAAACUGAAACAAGACAUAUCUGUGCUUUAACCUUAAAAAAUCCUUUCAUAACCUUUAAAAUAAACAAAAACAUACCGUACUGAGAUCAGUGAUCAGUGAGAUCUCUGAUACUGUAUAAAUAAAACUUGUGCAAUAAAAUGCAUACAUUUUAUCAUUCCGGGAAAUACAUACAACUGUAAAUUCAAGGAAGCUACAAGGAGCUACAAAUAUUUGUUUGUUUUUUACUCUAAUGCUAAAGAGAUCAAGACUUAACGAUCCUUAGAAUAAAAUUCCUCCAUAAUGAACUCAGAAAAAAAACGUGAAUUAUCUUCUGAUGAAUGGUCUUAUUUGACUAAAUAUUUCGUGGGAAACAAUUUUCGUUUUCGAGAAAACAUCAUCAUACCUAGAACAUUGGGACCAGUACAAAUAAAAACCAAUGAAGAGAAAAUGAUGGAAGCAUUUCUUGAAAGUUGCCCAUUCAAAUGUAUGAUGAGUUGUGUUAUGGGAUAUGGUUUGGGUGCUGCCAUAGGUCUAUUUUCUUCAAGCGUAGGUCCUACUGCUACAGAUGUAGAGAACCAAACUGCUCGUCAGGUUUUUAGAGAAAUGAAAACUACCACCUUAAGUUAUGCCAAGAAUUUUGCCCUUAUAGGGGCCCUCUUUUCAUCUGUAGAAUGUUGUAUAGAAACUGUAAGAGGCAAAUCAGAUUGGAAAAAUGGCACAUACGCUGGUGGUGUGACAGGAGGCUUGAUUGGUUUGCGAGCUGGUGUGAAAGCAGGCAUCAUUGGAGCUGCUGGUUUUGCAGCAUUCUCAACAGCAAUUGAUUAUUAUAUGCACUCAAGAUUCUAACAUGAAAAAAACUAGGAAUUGACAACAAAAUACAAAAGCAUCAUAUUUGGUUGUUUCUAUGUGAGGAACUAUGUUAAUACCCUAAAUGGUUUGAAAUGCAUCAGAUAAGAAUUUGAAAGCAAAAAAUACAACACUAAAGAGUUCAUUGCAAACCAUAUUGUUGAAAAUAUUAGGAAUAAAUAAUUACUCAGA